GAGACCCUAGGAUCAUUCUCCACCCUUCGAGUGUCCUCGUCGUCUGUUGCCAUGGGGAGCAGCGCCAGGGCCCUCUUGAGAAAGGCGACGAAGAAGAAGCAGCAGAAGAACUGAUGGCCCUCCAUUUCUCCACCACGCUGCUUGCCUGUCCGCCAUGCCACUUGGAAUUAUUAUUCCACUGACCCCACCGGGACAACUCCGGUUUCCUCUCCCAACCUCCCACUCGCACAUCACACGACUUCCAGCACGGAACAAAUCACACUCAUUCACACUUGAAUUGCCUGCUGCUGCUGCUGCUGCUGCGUCCCCUCUGCAAGUGCAGCCAUCCUUCUCUUUCAGUCAGUGAACUACUCAGCACUGAUUUCGUGCGACGGUAUCCCACACAAUUUGUCACUGCCAGCACUGCGCUGGCUUUUGCUCAUCGAUUGCUUCUUUUUGAAGCGGUGUGUGUGUGUGUGAGAGAGAGAGAGAGAGAGAGAGAGAGAGAGAGAUCAAGAGAGGAAGAUACUCAAUCUGAAGAGCUGGAGGUGGGUUUAAGCUGAACAUAGGAUUGUAGUUUUAGCUUCGGAGUGAAGGUAGGAUACAUGGGAGCUGAUCAGGAUCUGCUCAUGGAUCUAUACCUCGGGAGUUUUCAGGUACUUUGUGAAGCUAGUUGGAGGAGGAGGAAGAGGAGGAGAGGUGGGAAGGGGAGGAGAAGGGAUGGAUUCUUCUGCAUGUUUUGGAUCCUUCUUGGCGAGAAGAUGAGCUAACGGUGGAUGGUGUAUGCUCAUCUGUGCGCAAUUUCGAAGCGGAUUGAAUGUUUUCCUUCGAAACGGGAGGAAGAAGUAGUCCUUGUUAUGUAGAUUAAGCUUUCUGUGGAAGGUCGGCGGUGGUUGGGUAUCCAAUUUCGGAGUUUGUGAUGCGACGAAUUCCAGAGCAAUACUUCAAUUUCUGCUGUAGUUUAAGAUCCGUCAUGGCUAUGUUUUUGGAAAGGAUGGAAUUCAAGGUGGUUUUGCUGGCGAUGCUUCUGCCCUGCCUCUGGACUUCCGUCAUGGCUGGAUCUACCUCAAACCACAGCUUCGUCAUUGAAAACGAUUUGUUUUUGAAAGAUGGGAUUCCGUUCCGAAUUCUUGGUGGCGAGUUGCACUACUUCCGUGUGCACCCACAGCUCUGGGAGGAUAGACUACUUCGAGUAAAAUCAUUGGGCUUGAACACAAUACAAACCUACGUCCCUUGGAAUCUUCAUGAACCGCGACCUGGUCACCUCAACUUUAACGGCUCCGCAGACCUAUUGUCAUUUUUGAAGCUGGCCCAUCGCUUGGAUUUGUUGGUUAUGCUUCGCAUCGGACCUUACAUGUGCGGAGAGUGGGACCUGGGAGGCCUUCCUGCCUGGCUACUCGAGUUGAAACCUUCAGUGAGACUGCGAUCAUCCGAUGCACAGUAUCUCGCCCGAGUGGAUAAUUGGUGGAAGGAACUUCUUCCAAUGGUAGCGCCGGAACUAUUCUUAGCAGGCGGCCCAGUGAUUAUGGUGCAGAUCGAAAAUGAAUACGGAACAUAUGGGAGUGACAAGUUGUACCUUAAAUUCCUCCAAAGUCAAGCUAGACUGCAUCUUGGUGACGAUAUAAUCAUAUAUACAACUGAUGGUGCAGUCGAAGAGAAUAUACGCGAUGGCUCUCUACCAGAAGCUGGUGUGUUGGCAGCCAUAAAUUUUCAAACAGGCUCCGAUCCGGCUUCUGCAUUUGCUCUUCAAAAACGUCACAAUCCCCCUGGAAUGUCACCACCACUUGCUACGGAGUUCUAUACGGGCUGGCUGAGCCAUUGGGGAGAGAAACUGGCCAAAACCGAUGCAAAGUCUACUGCAGAAGCCCUGGAUAAUAUAUUAAGGCUCAAUGCUUCUGUUGUACUUUAUAUGGUCCACGGAGGAACGAAUUUUGGGUUCUUUAGUGGGGCCAACACAGGGACAGGACCUUCUGAUUUCCAACCAGAUAUUACAUCCUAUGAUUAUGAUGCUCCGAUUGGGGAGGCUGGAGAUGUUGGCGGUGUCAAAUAUCAAGAAAUAAGGAACGUGCUUAGCAAGUACGCUGCUGGAAGACUGCCUGACCCCCCUCCCCUUCCUCAACGAACCGCGUAUGGAGAAGUGACGAUGAAAGCAAUGGGCUCGCUUUUUGAUGUUUUGAAGGUUGUCAGUACUCCUCCUGGCGGUAUGAAGUUGGAGUGGCCCAUGCCAAUGGAACAACUCAGACAAGGCUCUGGGUUUAUUUUGUACCGUUCAUAUCUUCCUGCCUACGCACGACCAGGAAGUAGGCUUUCUGUAGUGGAGGUGUAUGAUAGAGCACAAGUAUUCGUUGGAAGUGCCACUAACAACCGGAUUUUCUUGGGCACAUUGGAACGGUGGUCCAGAAAUACAUUAACUUUGCCAGCUUCAGCUUCUGUAUCGGGUUUACAGCUUGACAUUCUGGUUGAGAACAUGGGGCGUGUAAAUUAUGGACUCUUCAUCGGUGAAAACAAAGGAAUCACCGAGGCUGUAUUGCUAGAUGAUUAUCCGAUACUUGGCUGGAGUGUACACACAAUCGGACUUGACAGUGUCGGAGGCCUUAAGCCAUCUGCUUUUCAGAAGACUAUCCCUCCACAUUUCGAACUGGAUGAGAUAAUCACAACCAAAAUAAAGCGAACUCCGCAACUCGUACGUCCGUUUGUGGAUCUUGUAAAUGGCCCUGUUUUCUAUGAGGGAACUCUCAACGUCACGCAGCCCAGUGAUACAUUCAUGUCUUUAAGAGGCUGGAACAAAGGGGUCGCAUUCAUAAAUGGAUUCAACCUGGGGAGAUUUUGGCCGAGUAUGGGCCCGCAGUGUACACUAUACAUUCCCGGCCCGCUACUUCAACCAGGGCAAAAUAAACUGAUACUUUUAGAACUAGAGAGCUCAAGCCCGGUGCAGACCAUCGACUUCACUCAUACAGCUGACUUCACUUGCGGGAUACAGAUGAGAGCAUAAAAUUUUGUAGCUAAUCACACACUUUUCCAAAGAUACGAAACUUUAAUCACAUAAAGGGGCCUCUAUGUGUACUCCCCAGACCCUGUACAGUAAAAGCACCAAGCUACAGCUUGCCUCUGCGGUUUCUUCAGCUCACAAUGAGGCGGUUCAGUUAGGAUCAAAUACAGAUAGAAAUCUAUGAGGAGCUGAUUUUGUUCAAAGCUUACUUAGUGCUCAUAUGUUGUUUCAGCUACAAUAUAUAAGAGCAAGGAAAAUUCCAUUUUCGAAGCAAUUGUGGUCAAGAGUUUUCCGCUGGCUGGCUAAUCUCAACCUAGUUUCUCCUAGUUCACAACACUGAUAAGCUAGCAAGUUGAGGGUGUUGCAAUCCUCGGAUUCUCCAAGGAACACUUUCAUCGUUACGGAACAAGUGGUUGGGCGACGCUCUGACAUGAUCCACUAACUCAUUGGUUCAUGCUGUUUUUCUUCGACGACCAAAACGUCACUUCCCAUGGUUCUGUAAACUUGCUCCGCAAACUGUUGCACAAAUUCCAGACAGGUGUGGAAGAGUCUGAUGCCUCAGACUUAGUCCACUUGAGAUCGAGCUGGGGAGAAGUGCCAUGCGUUGGAGCUUUGCUGUUCGCAGGCUCAUAGCUGUAGGCUACUCACCCAUCGUCCGGCUCUCUGGAGCUUCGUCUCCAAUUGUAACUUAGUACAACUGCCUCCACUGCACUUCUAAUCCCCUGGUUUCUGCGUCGUGAAGAUCGAGUUGCCAGAUGAAAUACCAAUCACGCUCUCUCUGCCGCGUGAUCAGAAUUCACCUUGUCCAGCUCAACCCAGACACAGCAACUCCAGGUGAAUUCUUCACAGAAGUUACGACCUCAAUCUUAAACCCAAUUUGAUGCUUUGUUUUUCUUCGAUCGAGUCUGCCCAUGGAGGUGCACGCUGAGGGUGCUGCGAAACUAUGCUACGUUCUUUGUCAUAGAGAAUCCAUGUUGCUCGAAGUACGGAGUUCUAUUUUCAGCUUUAUCAUCAACAGCAGCUGGACGAACAACAAUCCAACUUGGCUACUUUUCUCAUUUAUUUGUAUAUGACUAUCUUGAGCCCUGGACUUGUCCGAAGUAUUAAUAUCCUUCAGAGGAAGGUACAGUUUUUUAGGUCAUUGAUGGUUAUAUUCAUUGCCCCAGUCCAGAAGAAUAGGAAGUUUAAUCUUUCGACAAAAACAAUAAAAAUCCCUCACUACUUG